CUCCCGCGGUCCCGCCCCCCGUCCGCAGAGGCCGGGCGGGAUGGCGGCGGCGCGGGGCCGGGUGCUCUGUCUUUUCGACGUGGACGGGACCCUGACGCCGGCUCGGCAGAAAAUCGAGCCGGAGGUGGACGCGUUCCUGCGGGAGCUGCGGGAGAGGGUGCACAUCGGCGUGGUGGGAGGUUCCGACUAUGCCAAGAUAGCCGAGCAGCUGGGGGAAGGGGACGAAGUGAUUGAUAAGUUUGACUACGUCUUCGCAGAGAACGGCACAGUGCAAUACAAGAAUGGGCAGCUGGUCUCCAAGCAGGCCAUUCAGGACCACUUGGGGGAGGAGCUGCUGCAGGAUCUGAUCAACUUCUGUCUCAACUACAUGGCACUGCUGAAGCUGCCCAAGAAACGAGGGACCUUCAUUGAGUUUCGCAAUGGAAUGUUGAACAUCUCCCCCAUUGGUCGGAGCUGCACCCCAGAGGAGCGAAUCGAGUUCUCUGAGCUGGACAAGAAAGAGCGGAUACGGGAGAAGUUUGUGGCAGCCUUGCAGAGGGAAUUUGCUGGCAAAGGCCUGCGUUUCUCUCGAGGUGGCAUGAUCAGCUUUGACGUCUUCCCAGAGGGCUGGGACAAGCGCUACUGCCUCAAUGUGCUUGACGAUGAGAGAUUUGACACCAUCCACUUCUUUGGGAAUGAGACAACCCCUGGAGGGAACGAUUAUGAAAUCUAUGAUGAUCCCCGCACUGUAGGACACAGUGUCCAGUCUCCCCAGGACACAGUCCAACGAUGCCGCGAAAUCUUCUUUCCAGAAAGAGCAAAUGAGUGCUGACUGCCCACUCCCUGCAGCCCUGCCCCAGUCCCACCCUCUCCCCCCACCAGGAAAAGCACCUUUAUUUGAGGAAUCUGCUCAGAGUAGGCCAAAAAACACUUGACAGAGCUGGUCGGGAUGUAACACGUGUGGGUGGGUGGCAGGAAGGGUCCUUGGCUGAGCAGCCCCUCAGCACUCCCUGUGUGUGGCUGGGGGUCAUGGCACCAGUCUCUCCUUGCCUCCAGAGAAAAGUUCUCUCUUGACAGUUCAGCUGUGAUGGGCAGUGAUGCAGAUGCUUUUAUGGUCGGAAAGCAUUUGAAAGGGCCAAAGAGUGAGUGGGUCUGUCCUGCGCUCCCUCUUCUCUCCUUUUCCACUUGGUUUCUCUUAACACUUGUGCAUGAGGGAACGAAUAUGUGGCUCACCUUCCUCUCCCCCUUGCACCUUGGCCAGAGAGGCUGGGGCUCCUGAGGCUCGAGGCAUUCACCAGAGCUGCUCAGAGACAGGAGGCCAGGAAAGCUGUUUGCUCCAAGCCUAUGGUAGGAAGAAGUAGCUGAGAUCCCAGCUUGUUGAACCAUGGUGUUUUCUAAUGGAGAGGUCACCAGGUCCUUCCCCUCAAUGCCACGGUGUGCCGGUCCCUCCCUGCAGAUAACCUGGGAAUAACUUUAACAUGACCUGGGAAUAACUUUAACAUGACUAGGCUGCUGCUCUGAGCUUUGCUCAGGUUCAUGAAGAAACCAAUUCUUCUCUUUAGCUUACAAAAAAAACCACCUAGGGUUUAUUUUCUAUAUUAUUCUCUAUUUUCAAGUCAGACCUUGCCUGGCACAGCUGGGGAACCCUCGUACUUCAUGCUAUGGAACAGUUUGGGGUAGAAGGCUUUCUGGUGGUCUUCCCACUCCUAUGUCCAUUGGGCUCACAGAAACACAGAAUUCUUAGGGUUGGACGGGACCUCUGGAAAUCAUCUAGUCCAACCCUUCUGCCAAGGCAGGGUCACCCUGAGCAGGUGACAGGAAUGUGUCCAGGUGGGUUUUGAAUGUCUCCAGAAAAGGAGACUCCCCAAUCUCCCUGGGCAGCCUGCUCUGCCACCCUCAACAUAAAGAAGUUCUUUCUCAUCUUGAAGUGGAGCCUCAUGUGUUUUUAGUUUAUGGCCAUUGCUCAUCAUCCUGUCGGUGGGUACUAUCAAAGAGAAUCUGGCACCAUCCUUUUGGCAUCUGCCUUUGAGAUAUUAAUAUGCAUUAAUGAGAUCCUCUCUGUCUUCUCUUCUCUAGACUAAACAGGCCCAGUCCCAGAGUCUCUCCUCAUAAGAGAGAUGUGUCCUUAUAAAACCUUACCCAGGGCAUUCAUGACAGACCAAGUCCCCUUCCUUCUCCAGUGCUCAGCUUUCCAUCCUGCUGACACAAGACAUUUUCCGUGGGGUCCAACACCAGCCAUACCUCGCUCAUAGAGCUACUGGAAGUACCUGCUCAGCAGUGCCCUCCAAGCUUGCUCUUCCCCCCCAUCUCAUCCCACACACUCAGUUUACAAGCUCACCUUUAGGGAUACAGGAUGUUCAGCACAAUUGUAUGUCCUGCUCGUCUCCCUAGAUCUUUGUGGGUCACAAACCCACAUCCCUCCUUCAGCCUUUGACCUUCUCCCUCAUAUUGUCUUUUUAUUUCCAGCAGUUUCAUUGUGGUGUGUGGCCGCAGUCGUGACACUUGUCACAAACUUCAUGCUCAAAAGGAGCUCAGGGAUCCUGUCCAGAGAGAUGUCCUGCUCGUAGCUCCCCAGGGUACACAGAUCUGGUGUUUGUGGACCUGGAGAAUAUCGGAGGUUUCUGCAAACCCUCCCCCGUUGUUCCCCAGUAGCCUUUCUCACCCCAUCCCUGCUGGUAUGACUCUGCCCCAUCUCUUGGUCCUGUUUUCUCUCCCCUUUUUCUCCUGUUCCUAGUUUCCUCAUCGUGGCUCUUCGUUUUCCAUUGGCAGCUGGACUGCAGAGAGAAGUUUCUCAGCUGGCUACUGCCACCCACACAAGGCACCACCAUCCUCCUCAGGCAAGAGACACCAGUGCUUUUAGACCCAGGGCAGGGCUCCCACAUUGCCAUGGGCAGAGUUCCUGGUGGCCAUUGGCACUGCUGCCUGGCCACAGGAGCAGGGAUACUGCAUGACCAGUGCUGGUGGGGGUGCUGUCUCCUCCACCUGACUGCACCUCCUAACUACAACACGUCAGAUCUCUGAUGCAGCACAUUUGCAUGAGCACAGCAGUCUGCCUGGCAUCUAGAAAUCCCCAACAAAUCCACUAAUUCCUCUUUCUACCCAGGGAAGAUUUCUGUGUGGGAGAAGAGGAACUGUUGGAGGAGCUUGUAUGCUUUUGUACCCUUUUCACAGGUCACGGGUUUUGGCCCUCCACUGCAAACUUCAUGGAGGAAUUGUGUUUUGUGAUUCCUUCCUUUCUGUUUCAGUGUGGAUCAGGUUAUGUGUGAGUCUUGGGGAGUUUAUUUUUCCUGUAAGUCUGUUCAUAGCCAGCAGGACCUCUAUGGAGCUUAGUGAUGAGUGAAGAGCUGGGUCUGACCCUGAUGGCGUGGGGCACCGUGGUGGCCUUGGGGACUGAGGUGACUUGCACCUUUGAAGGGAAAGGCAUUUGAUGCCUGUCCCUGAGACGCCUUUGCCAUGGUGCACCUCUCUUAUGGGUGCCCACAGCAUAAGUGGGGGUUUCUCCCCAUGGAUGUGAGCAAGCAGACAUGGCAGAUCCCAUGCCCGGGACUGUCUUGCUGUAUGGAUCCAUAUCAGUGUGAGAUGGGCAGCUCCUGUCUGGAUGAUGGCAACUGUUAAAUGAGAAAUAUAUUUAAAUACAUAGAUACCUAUAUUAAAAAAAUUAAAAUCAAUCCUAUUAAAGCCACAACACGCA